AAUACGUUAUUUUCUUUCAGAGUAAUGAUGGUUUCUGAAGCUGACCUAAAAACUGUGAUCCUCAACGAUGAUCAAUGUUUUUUAAUGUAUUUCAUCAUGGGAAACUACUUUGGACCCGACAUCAAAGGCGAAACCUCACAAAAGUCAAUAUUACAGAGAGUAGCAGAGGGGCUUCCUCCAUACACAUUGAAUCAAUUAACCAGUUCCUUCCUCAAAGUAGUGGAAUUGGAACGUGUCUACUAUUCGAUACUGCAAAAUGCUGAUAAAUCACUCACCGUUGAGUUACCCUCAUUGCACUGUUUCUUUCAAGGCCAAGCACAAUGUGUGCAUGCUGAUUACCCCCAAUUUCCUGAUUUGUUCCCUCCCCAGUUCCAUCCCCAAUCUCAGAUAAGAAACCCAAACCCCUUCAAAAUCAUUCACAAACUUGUGUUUAUUAACAACCCUGAUACCUCCUACAUUAAGCCAGAUGAAGUUGAAAGGUUCAAGAGGCUAAGUGGGGUUCAGGAUUUGCAUGUGCACAGAGAUGCUCCCAGGUUGCAAUUGCCUUGUUUUGGUGGCGAUGAUGUUGUAUGUGACACCACUAACAUGUUGUCUGGGGGGAAGGCCGAGCCUAAUGGAAACAAAAGCUUGUCUUAUACUAGUUCUCAAAAGCCAAGAAGCAGUGAUGAUGAUGAUUCUCUGCAAUGUGUGGAUGUUGUUGCACCUGUGAGUAAUGGUGGAAAUGUGAUGUGUCGCUACAUGGCUUCUGAGAAUGAGAGUGAUUCUGAUAAAGUUGGUCCGGCCAUGUUGUUCUUUCCUUCUCGACCUUCUAAGAAGGAAUGGUCUGAAAUUGUGGGUGCUACAAAGAGUGGAUUUGCAUUGACGGGAAGUGCUGCCAUGGGGCAGGUUGGGCCAAUCAUAGGGCUCAUGGAUAUUGGAGAGUGUGAAGACUCGUUCUUGUUUCGUGUGUCUCUUCCGGGGGUGAAAAGGGAUGAAACGGAAUUCAGCUGUGAGGUUGACAUUGAUGGCAAAGUAUUGAUAAGCGGAGUAACUAAGACGGGAGAGGAGACGGUAUCCAGGUACUCACAGGUGUUUGAAAUGCAAACUCACAACCUCUGCCCGCCAGGCCAUUUCACCAUCACAUUCCAGCUGCCUGGUCCUGUUGAUCCACAUAAGUUUUCAGGUAAUUUUGGCACUGAUGGGAUUCUUGAAGGAAUUGUUAUGAAAGGGAAAUGUACAUGAUGGCAAAGUUCUGUCCAAUUCGAAUCCUUCCUUUUAUUCCACCAGGCACCAACCAAGGUUAUAUGCAAAAUGUCAAAUUGAUGUAAUUUUGAGUGACAACAUCCUGCAUAAUGCCGAUCUUUAUUUUAGUUAUUUUGAUAUUUUGUG